CACAGUGUAGGACAGACUGUGGCUGAAGGGCGGUGUAACAAGUUGUGUUUUAUAUUCACAUUUAAACAUGUUUAUGGAAUAUAUUUUUUAAGCAUUUCAUGCAGGGAACAACACUGACCGGAGAGCUUAAAACACAGAACUGGUCCUGGUCGUGGCACGGAGUAGCUGAGCACGAUGCACCACCAGCCCUCAGCGGAAGGAACUGCCAACACGCUCUACAGUGCUUGGACCCCCAUCAACAACAGGACGUCCAACCAGCAGCUGUUUGAGGAACGGGUCAACCUGGUUCUGCAUUGGUUUGAUCUGUGGACUGACCGCCAGAGAAAACACUUCCUCCAGAUGCUGUUAUCACGAUGUGCCAACUCUCAGCUCAGGUCCUGCAGGGAUUGGCUGACACAGGCCGUGCCGAUGACAAACGUGGACUUCACCUCUGUGUUGCCCCGGUUCCUGUCGCUCUACGUCAUGUCAUUCUUGAACCCUCGUGACCUCUGCUCUGCGGCACAGGUCAGCUGGCACUGGAGGGUCUUGGCUGAACAGGACUGUUUGUGGUCGGCGAGGUGUGUGCGUCGGGGCUGGUUCCUGCCGUACCGUCCUGGAGACAAGGAGUACGGAGGGUGGAAGGGCCACUACGUGUCCUGUGUGUCCACCCUGGACUGGCUCACCCCCAGGGAGGCAGCACACACAUACGGCACCCUCAACCUGCCCUGCCCAGGAGAGAGGGAGGAGGAGGAGGAGAGGCGCAGAGAGAGGAGGAUCCGAUGGAGCGUCAGGGAGAGACUUGAGGAGCAGAAGAGAGCAUCCCUGAGAUCCCGACCACCUUGGAGGAGGCCAGGGGGAACGGUGGUUAAUCGUGCCCAGGGAGGGAAGCAGGUUCCUGGGGGACAGAGGAGCACUCGCUCUUCUACCGGGUUGUCAGACAGGACAAGGCAUCUCUGUUUAUCCUCCGACGACCUGACCCCUGUUGUCAGCCUUAAGUUGACCCCAGCUCUGACCCUAGAUAAGACCCAUGUGAGGUCACAGGUGACGGUAGGUGGCAUGAAUCGAGUGUUUACUUCCACUACCAGCAGACCCAGAGCCCCCCACCCCUCCUCUGAAACCCCACCCCUUCUCCUACUGCUGUCCAACCGGAUCUCUGCCUAUGAGUUGGUGCUGAGUGGUGUGAAAGCAGGAGUGCUGGUGGUUCUAUAUGACCACAGAGGGACCCUCCAGGCUCUUUUAUCCCAGGCAGAGAGGGCCCUGGGUGGGCAGAGAGCUGAGCGACUUGGGGUCCUGGCUCCUGGAGGGACAGAGGAGAUCACUCUGCUGCAAGGCUGCAAGGUGACAGAGAGGAGUGUGCUGAGCCCUGACCUCAGGGAUUUCUGGGAAAAGCUGUGCGGCUGGGUCAUACCGCCCGAGGAGGGAGGAGGAUUGGACAUCUUCUGUCCCCUGGCAGCAUCUGGUGGGUGGAUCGAUCCAACCCGGACCCAGAUUAUAAAUGCAAACUGGCAGCACUACUUAACCUGCCCCCCAUGCCUGUCCCAUCCCGUCUCAGCCAGAGGAGUGCUGCUGCUCCAUUGCCUCCAAACUCUGACCGGGCUGGAGGUCUGGGCCCCAACAGGAAUGUCCAGCGGAUGCUUCCAGAACAUUCUGAGCGAGUGGUCAUGCAGUGAAGGAGGCGGAGCCCGGGUCAGGGUUCUGGGGGCGUGUCGGGCCCCUGCCCAGCGGUAUUUGUGUGAGGAGGUGUUGCAGGGCUGGGCUUGGCAGGCCCAGUGGCUGGAGGAGGCCCUGGGAUUCCUAAGGACCCGUCUGGGACCACAACUACCACAACUCAGCCUGGACACCAGGGGCCGGGCACUGGGUCAGUUCCUGUGCGAGGCCCUGGCUGUAGAGCAGCUAAUUCUUUCCAAGGAGUUGACUGAAGCCUUGACUGAGGGGCUCACUGCACUCGCUGCAGAACAGACAACCAGACCUGUGGAGUUCCUCUGUCUUUUCCUAAAAAGAUGGAAGGAGGGGAGGAACGUCAGUAAUGGGGGAGAGGAGAGAGGAAGGGAGGAAGGUGGAGAAGGAGAAGUAAUCGGAGAGAGGAGUCCUGCUCCUGUCUUUCUGACAGAGAGAGGUAUCCCUGGGAUACCACAGGAGUGGCGGUGUGCAGUGGCCAUAGAGCUGUAUAAUAGCGAGAAGGUGUACGUGAAGAGGCUGGAGGCCGUGAGGAGAGUGUACCAUGAUCCUCUUCUGUCAGCGCUCCAGUCCAACAGAGCCAUCAUCAGCUCCGCCCACGUCGACAUGAUCCUGACCCCCGUCACAUACAUAUUGGACAUAAACCGCGUGUUUCUGUCAGAGCUGGGGUCUAGACUGCAUCAGUGGGCGGCUGACCAGUGUGUUGGGGACGUUUGGGUGAAGUUCUGCUCCAAGCUCCGCCAGUACACCAACUACCUCCAGAACUACCCUACUGCCAUUCGCACCAUAGACAAGUGCCGAGAGAUGAACCCUGCCUUUCGGGCUUUCCUGAAGAGGCACGACAGGACUCUGGACACACACAUGCUGAGUCUUCAGGAGCUUUUGCUGUGUCCAGCCUGGCGUGUUGAGGAGUAUGUGACUCUGGUACAGGCACUGUCUCUUCACACACUUGCCCAACACCCUGAUCACACACACCUGACUGCAGCACUGGACUCACUCACCCGCCACAGGGACUUCAUACGCAAGUUGAAGAGGAACUCAGAGAAAGACAUGAGGAUGCAGGAGGUCCAGAGAAUGAUCCAGGGAUGUCCAAACCUGUGUGAGGGAAACAGACAGCUGAUCACCAAUCAGGACGCCGCUCUCCUAAAAUGUCCCAGUGAUGACAUCACUGUCUCUCUCAGGGUUUAUGAGCAUGUGUCGGAUGUGGGUCUGUUCUUGUUCAACGACGCACUGGUUCUGACCCAGAAGAGAGUUUGUCACCUGCCCUUCACACACUCACGCUGCGACACACACACCUUCCUGGCCUCCGUCUCUUUGCACAGCCUCACCGUCAGAGAGAUCACAGAUACACGCUAUGUGAGUAAUGGCUUCGUCCUGGAGGGACCUAGCCGGAGGUGGGUGUGUGCCGUAGAGCGCCAGGACGACAGGGAGAGGUUCCUCGGCGCCCUGCGUUCGGCCGUACACGCCUCCAUCACUGACACAUGAAACCCAGCUGGCUCUGGGUCUUGAAGAAGAUGGAUUUGGAUCAGUUCGGGAUGUCCUAGGUUGAUACCAUCAGUCAAUAUAACAAGGUUGCCCGGGAAACCCUCAGAAAAGGACUCAUUCCAGGACCCCCCGUCGACAUCGUGCGGACGGUGCCUGAGGGAUUGACGUGUCACACAGAUGGAAUGCAGGACGGUCUAAGCUCAAGGCGGGGCUUCAGGGUCUCAUGUCGGUCGGACAGUCCGCAGUCACAAUCUAACCCGCUGCCAUUAAUAGUUCCAAUCUAACAGGGUCAUACUGCUUCAUUCCUUUGAAACUUUACACAGUACACACAGUAUCUGCCGUAUUCCAAACCCGUGCCAGCAUAUCCUGGUGUAGUUGAUGGAUUCGGGUUAAACUCUGGUUCGGUUUCGUCGGGGCUGGCAUGUUGACUCUGCUGUCCAUUUGUAACCUCUUGCCAAAUCGCUAAGCUCCGGUUAAGCUGUUAGCUUUCAAUGGUGUUUCACCCAAAACGCUGAUUGCUGCACAAUCAGCUAUGGUUUGUAUUGUGUAGGUAAGUUUACUCAGGCAAGACUGAAUGACCAUCACAGGGGUCUGUGUGGUUUAAAUACACAGACCUCGCCAAUCAGCCCAUAAAACAUGAAAGGUUAACACUCAUCUGUUGUACCACUCAUCGGAACAUAAAAUGCCGGGGGUUAUAGCAUUGCUGGACCCUGGCGCCCCAUUUGUUAAACACCAAACAUCUUGCCGCUGAUAUAACACUUAUUUAUUGCCUGGGAAUUUAACAAUCCGGAACCCUAAGACCCAUUUGUAAAUAGUCAAACAUAACCCACCUGUUAUAACACAUCUGGGGUGUUUAUCAAUCGUUGAGAACAUCAAACAUGAACACAUCAAUGCAAUCAUAAAUUACAAAGUCCCUGGACAUGCAUACGUCAGUCCCGUCCUAACACACGUCAUACAGGAUGUACAUACGUCACACAGGAAGUCCCACCCAGCAAACCAGUUGUCCUGCCCACCAAGGUCAUAAAUCACAAAAGUGACAGAAUAUACCCUACAUUUACUACUUACAGUACCUGCCCUCUGGAAUUCUGAUGUUAACCCUAAUCAGGUACCCAGAAAUAAAACUCUGUCACCAAAGUGGGUAACUUCCUGUUUUAAGUCAAAUCUGUCCACAGAAGAGUAUCAGACAAAUAAUAAACCAAUCAACUAUCCCAGUGUGUCUCAUUUCA